AUGUCUGCUGCCAAUGUGUCUCAGACAUGCAAGGAUUACCGUUUCAGCCACCAUCUGCUUCUGCCRGGCUACAUCCUCAUCUUCAUGACAGGUUUGAUGCUCAAUGUGAUGGCCCUCUGGAUCUUCAUGCGCUACCUGCGCCUGAAGUCUGUGGUGAUGAUCUACAUGUUCAACUUGGCCAUGAGUGACCUCAUCUUCACCCUUCCUCUGCCACUGCGACUCUACUACUACUCCAACCACCACUGGCCCUUUGACAACUUUCUGUGCCAGGUCUCUGGAUCUGUCUUCCAAAUCAACAUGUAUGGUAGCUGCCUCUUCCUCAUGUGUAUCAAUCUGGACCGCUAUGUUGCCAUUGUCCACCCACUUCGCUGGCGGCAUCUGCGGCGCCCCAAAGUGGCCAAGGUCCUCUGCCUCAUUGUCUGGAUUAUGAUCCUCAUGGGCUCCAUCCCCACAGCCAUGGUCCACAAGCAAAACCACUGUAUGACACAGAACCAGACAAUUCAUCUGUGCUUUGAAAGCUUCAGUGACAACAUGUGGCAAAAAAACCUCUUCCCUUUAGUUAUCCUGGCUGAAAUCCUGGGUUUUCUCCUGCCUCUGAGCUCUGUGCUGUACUGCUCAAUACGGAUCUUCUGGGAGCUCUGCCAGAACAACCAGACUAGGACGCUACGACAGCAGAAGACCAUUCGUCUUCUCUUGGUCAAUCUGGUCAUCUUCAUCAUYUGCUUUGUGCCCUACAACACUACCCUGGCAGUUUACGGGAUGAUAAAAGCCCACAUACUGAAGGUUGAGAAACAAACACAAGCUGCUGUGCGCCAAGUGCUAAUUUUGACAAUGUUGUUGGCCAGCAUGAACUGCACGCUGGACCCCUUGAUCUACUACUUUAGCACUGAGGGUUUCCGAAAUACCUUUAAGAAACUGCAGCGGGGACAAGCCUGGGACUCAGAUACAGGGAUGCUGAAAAAUCAGACUGUGGAAAAUAAGUSUCACCAAAUCCAUGCUUCCUCAAAAGUGAAACAGUUCCCCUCUAACAAUUUUACCCAUCCUAAAGAAUCUUUGCCAGCACUUCCUACUAARAUACUCCUAAAUGCCCCUAUUGAGGACUCAGAAAUCUAACUACA